AUGCUACCGCUCACGGUGCGACGCGUAGCCUCCUCGGCUGCCGCCCAGUCAUCGUUAUUUACGCACGCGCCGAAAGCCGCCGCAUCCCUUACCACCACCCAACGUAAAGGGCCUCUCCACCAGCGAAGAUAUUCUUCCUCGAAACCGAGCAGCCCUAAGAACCGCUCGAACGGAUCCAAAGGUCUCCCUGCCGGGGAGACUGUGUCGGCCUCCGCGUCGUCCAAUGAAGUGAAAACUCCUUCUGAGAAGAGGAAACGCAAGAGCAAAGUCAACGAUGAGGCCAAUGACCCUUUCCACGGGUUCCCAAGCGUUCCCAGCACGCAACAUCUCUCCCAAGAAGCUUUGGGACUCUCCAGUUUCUUCUCCAUGCACCGCCCGAUCUCCAUUACCCACAGCCUACCGCGAACUGUGAGCGAUGAGGCCUUUGCCGAGAUCUUUACAGCAAAGACUACCGCCAACAAAACGAGCGAUGUCAUCUCCACUCUCUCACGAGCCGUCGAUGACCUCGAGGGGCCAAUGGCGAAAAUGACCAUCUCUAGGGAUGGUCAUGCCGAACAAGCCGGCGAUGGAAUGCAGAAGAUCGAUGUUAGGCAUGCUGAUGGUCGGGAAUCGAGCAUCUUCGUCCAGGUCAAAAGCAUGACUGGCCAAUUCCUUCCCUUCCAACCUCCGCCGAUCCCGGAGCCUCAGGCCAACGGUGAAGUUCUCGGCUCUUCGGCCUCUGCCGAGGCUGACGUCGACCUCUCCCCCCAACAUCGAGUCUAUCGCGCCAUGUUUACCAUCGAAGAAACUCUGGAUGCUGACGGCCAGGUCCACGUCCUGGCCCACAGCCCCAAAAUCCUCAACGACGAACCCGGUACCCGAUACAUUGACCGCCUGCGAAGGCUUAGGUAUGAGGACGCUCUGCGCAGGAGGGAAGGCUUCCAUGCCAUUAGCGUCAAGAAGCGAAGAAAGCUUAAGAUGAAGAAGAAGAAGUUCAAGAAGAAGCUAAAGGCUUCGAGGAAGCUCAGGGAAAGGCUACACAAGAUUUAA